AUGGAGAUAGAAAGCAAUAUGAUCAUCAAGAAUGAUAAUUUAGAAGCCUUUGAUAUUUUCAAAAAAGCCUUCACAAUCUCAGCCACAAACAUCAAAUUCUUGAUCUUCACCAUUCUCACCUCCCUCCCUCUCUUCUGUUUCUUGGUUUACUAUGAACCUUUUCUCCAAAGAUUCCUCCUUGAAAUCUCAGAAAUACUAAAGCCCUCCAAAGAUGAUUACUUCGGUUAUUUGUCUUCAAGACGAUUUCAAUUUUCAAUACCAAGUUUACCAACUGACAUGGCAACAAAACUAAACAAUGAGUUUCCUGGUGGGUUGGUUCAGAUAGCCCUUCUCUAUCUGAUCCCUCUCCAUCUCCUAGAGCUCAGCACCGUCCUUGUCAUUGUUGAUUUGGCAUCAAAGACAUAUACUACACAAGAAGAAGAAGAGCCACCAUUGACUCUCAUGGAAAUGGUUCAUAAGCCCUUCGACGUAACUAGAGUCCUAGGUACUUUGGUCACAUUUGUGUAUGUUGUGAUCAUGUCGUCUAGUUCUCUACUAGGUUUGGUAUGGUUAGCAGUAAUAUAUUAUGUUGUCACCAUGUUCUUUUACGAUGUGCUCGUCAUCAUGUGGUGUUGGGUGGGAUUUCUGGGACUUUUGACACUGUAUUUGGGAUGGAUUGCCGUGUUGAACAUGAGUGUUGUGAUUUCAAUUCUUGAGGGGAGAUAUGGAACCAAGGCAAUUGCUUUAGCCAUUUGUUAUAGUGUUGGUAACGAGUGGAGAGGGUUUCGUUUGAUGCUUGUUUUCUUUGCCUGGGAAGUUGGUUUGAGGUUGCCCUGCAUCUAUUUUGGCUGCAAAGGAACUUGGAGUGUUGGCAUUUUGACACAGAUUGGCUUCUUCUGCUUGGGAAAUGUGGUGAAGUGGGUCGUCUUCACGAUUUACUUCUACGAUUGCAAGAACCGUGAAAUAGAGAGGAAGUUGAUGAUGAAAGCUAAGAAGAGAGCUGUUGAAAGUGGUUAA